GCCUCCAGACGUCGUGUUUCCGAGGGGAAGCCUUGAGCCAGCGCGCAGGGGAAUCUCCUUUUCUGUCCUCCUUGAGCUUCCCUCGCUCGCUUGCUGCCUCCGUGGGUUUCGUGCUCUCCUUCUCCGGGCCGCCAUGGUGGGCAAAGUGCGAAGGCGGCCAAGGCUGCACCCGGCGGCGCCGAAGCCAGCACCGCAGCCUCAGGGGGGCGAGGGCCUCGCGGUAAACGCCUUCCCCUUCGCCGCCCCCCAAAGCAAGCCGGUGAAGGCAGCCCGGGACCCUGUUUUGUUGACCUCAGACAUCUUUGCUGGGGUGAAAAUAGACCCAAAAUCUCUAGUGAAGAAGUUGGACACACAUUCAAGAAGCACUGUUUCAACCAUAAAAGAUGGAGAUGAAAAGACCCUUCUCUCUAAGAAGGAAAAAAUGAAGCUGCGAAAAGACAGAUGGCUGCAGAAAAUAGAAGGCAUUAAAGUGGCGAAACAACAACAAAAAGCUGAGGCAAAGCGAAAAGCUACUCCAGUUAUUGGAGAUCUGCACCCCUUGAUGGAUGCCCUACCUGAGCUCUCAGACCUAAUGACACUCCGCAAGUUCCCUAAACACCAUAAGAUCCAGGUAAAGAAGAGGGUGCCAACAAACUUCAACCAGAUGAAUUCAGCCCAGAAAAGCAAAGCCCUAGUGGAGGAAAUAGCACAGUUUCACAAGACUAUUUCUGACCCUUUGUUCAAAGCAAACCCACUGGCAGUCAUCAGUGAACAUCUUUCCAAAAGACUGAUGCAGGAAAGGGAGGGAGAGCCAUUGUAACAUCAACAUUGGAGCUGCUUGAAAGCACGAGCAAUUGAAUUCUCAAGACGCACUGCCCACUAGGCCAGCACAACUUUCAAGAGUCUGCAAGAUUAUGACAUCCAAUGACCUUGUUUUCUGUCAACAGAAAUAAUGCUGCCAACACUGAUGAAUAUGCUGCUAUUGCUGGCUACAGCCCUCUCCGCUGUUUUGCUAAAUGCUCUGUAGAUUUGUGACUAUUCUCAUUUCUCACUCUUUGGUAAACCACACAGCAGAUGUUCCUUCUUUUCCUUCUCUCUCUCUCUCUCUCUCUCUCUCUCUCUCUCUCUCUCUCGCUGUUUUGGUUCUUUUUUAAAGUAGAAUCUAAGCCACCGUCUUCUCCAGUUGAAGGAAUAUACUUUUUGCAUCAUUUCCCUCAAUUUCUUUCCUAUUUAAUAAGGGCUAGCAGAUUUGCACUUUCCGUUCUCCAAAUUCCAUGGGCAAUAAAAAUGCUAUUUUGGGCAAUUUGGUUUGUACAUGUCCAAUUUAAUUUAUUACUGUGCCAAAAUGCUAGGAAACUUCAGUAUUUCACAAGCUGCAAUUUAUCUAAUAGUGGUUGUCUAUUAUGAAGCUGUUUCCUUUUCUAAUAUAACAGUAAAAGAGACAAUCCCAUCCUAACUGUUCUAAUAAGGGACACUAAUUAAAGAGUCAUGUGUCUUUGAAUGCACAGCUAUGUUUAUUGAUGGAAAAAAAUUAUGUUGAUUUUUGCAGUCUUACUUAGAGAUAAAACAUAAUGACAUAAAAUAUUCAAAGAAUACUCUAGAAAGAGGUGUUACCAAAGAAAAGAAUUGCAGGAGUAAAUUCCACAACAUAAACAAAAAAGGUGUUCAAAGUAAGCCUUACAUAGGAAACGUAACAAUCACCUUUGAAUUUUAUCAGGACCCCGUGGGUAAUCAUUAGGCUGUUUUAGCCUCUUAUACUGUUCAUUUUUCUCUCAUUUGAAAUGGCUGUAAAUUUCUGAUGGACUUAAUAAAUCAUUUUGUAUUUCUUUAGUAUGCA